GGUUUAUGUGAGUCAGAAUCGACUGAGGCAUACCACCACCACAACACCUACCCUGCGAGGCUCACAUCGUAGAACAUAGCAUCAUGAAUGGCAUAAUGGAAGAUGACAAGAUGUGAAAGUGUUGGCGGGACACAUUCAACAGCUCUGAAGACAGCACAUGGCCCUCCCUUCCUGGGAGAGAGUCUGGAUCCCUUCCAGCCCCUGUGCCUUAAGCUUGGCUAUAAGAAGAACCCCUGCCCUUCUCGCCCAUACUCAAGAAUUUUCAGCAUUUGGUCUUCAUCUGGCUGGGACCUCCUUCUUCCUCUCCCUGCAGCCCUGGAGGCACCUUUUGGAGGGGCGCCAGGCAUCUAACUGACCUGGUGUGGAAUGUGUGUGAGGGGACCAGGAGAAGGGAAAGAUCCUAUUGCUGACUCUCCUGGUGAUUUAUCGCUGUGGAAACCGGCUCUUUUCCUCAGUCCCGCCAGCUGGGGAGCACAUUGUUGAUGCUGUCCUGCACAGAUCAGAAGUUCCUUCCUCUUUCCUGCUGCUGAAAUGCCACAGAAACCUACGUUGUCCAGAACCCAGCUCACACCUGAAGAGCCCAGUCUUGGGAAAAACAAUCUCAUUUGAUUCCCCGGGGAUUCUGGGAGCCUUGGGGGCAGGUUUCUCAUCUACGGGAAGUGUCUUCUGCCCCAGAAACAUGGCCCGGAGGCAAAACUAACCAUCCUGGUGGUGGUUGAAGCUCUUAGGAUGCAGUUGAGGUGGCCCCACCAGGGCAAGAUGUGGCUUGGAUUCCUGCUGACACUUUUGUUCUGUUCAAGCCUUGAGGGUCAAGAAAACUCUUUCACCAUCAACAGCGUCCGGAUGGAGAGCCUACCGGAGUGGACUGUGCCAAACGGGCGGAACCUGACCCUCCAGUGCAUCGUGGAUAUCAGCACCACCUCAAGUGUCAAGGCCCAGCACCUGGUGCUGUUCUACAAGGACGAUGUGAUGUUCUACAAUGUCUCCUCCGUGGAGAACAUGGAGAGUUAUUUCAUUCCCCAAGCCCGGGUUUAUAAUUCGGGGAAAUACAAAUGCACAGUGAUCCUGAACAACAAGGAGAAAACCACUCCAGAGUACCAGGUGUUGGUACAAGGAGUACCCAGUCCCAGGGUGACGCUGGACAAGAAGGAGGUGACAGAAGGCGGGGUUGUGACAGUCAAUUGUUCCGUCGAAGAAGAAAAGCCUCCAAUAUAUUUCAAAAUUGAAAAAGUUUUACAAGAAUCAAAAAAGGUCAAACAAACAAGAGAUAAGACUUCUCAGAACCAAAAUUUUGUGACGAUGGAAUUUCCGGUUGAAGAACAGGAUCAUAUUUUAAUAUUCCGCUGCCAAGCUAUGAUCAUCUCUGGGAUUCAAAUGCAGCACUCAGAUACCACCAAGAGUGAACUGGUCACCGUGAUGGAAUCCUUCUCUAUUCCCAAGUUCCAUAUCAGUCCUGCAGGAAUGAUCACGGAAGGAGAUCAGCUCCACAUUAAGUGCACCAUUCAAGUGACUCACUUGGUCCGGGCAUCUCCCGAAGUCAUAAUCCAGAAGGACAAGGUGAUUGUGGCAACCAGCAAAAAUGGUAAUGAGGCUGUCUACUCAGUGAUGGCCACAGAGGAACAAAACGGCAACUACACCUGUAAAGUAGAAGCGAGUCGGAUAUCCAAGAUCAGCAGCAUCAUGGUCAACAUAACAGAGCUGUUUUCCAAGCCAAAGCUAGAAUCUUCCACCACAUGUCUCGAUGAGGGUGAAACCUUAAGCCUGUGGUGCACCAUCCCAGGGGCGCCCCCAGCCAAGUUCACUAUCCAGAAGGAAAACAUGACUGUGACACAGACUCAGAAUUUCACCAAGGUCACCUCAGAGUGGGACAGUGGGGCCUACACCUGCACUGCAGCCAUUGGCAACGUGGUCAAGAGGAGCAACAAGGUCCAGAUCACCGUGUGUGAAAUGCUCUCAGAGCCCAGGAUUUUUUAUGACACCAGAUCUGAGGUAAUAAAAGGACGGACCAUCGCCAUCAGUUGCCAUUCAACAAAAGGAACCUUACCUAUUUCUUAUAUUUUAAAUGCAAGUAAAAUUUUAGAGUACGUUCAAAAGAGCUCAAAUGAUCCUGCAGUGUUCGAAGUCAAGCCAACAAAAGACACUGAAUACCAGUGUAUUGCGGAUAAUUGCCAUUCUCGUGGCAAAAAAAUCAGCAGGGUCCUGAAGAUCAAGGUGAUAGCCCCUGUUGAUGAGGUCAAGCUGACUAUCAUGCUGAAUGAAGAGGUAGAGUCUGGAAAGGAUAUUGUGCUCCAGUGCUCUGUGAAUGAAGGAUCUGGUCCGAUCACCUAUAGCUUUUACAGAAAAGAUGAGGACAAGUCCUUCUAUGACGUUACUUCAAAUGACACCCAUGAAUUUUGGCACAAGUCACAGGCUAGCAAGGAGCACGAAGGACAGUAUUAUUGCAAGGCCUCCAACAGAGCCAACGUGCCUGAACGCAUCCCCCAAAGCAACAUGCUGACAGUCAGAGUCUUCCUUGCCCCCUGGAAGAAAGGACUUAUUGCAGUGGCUGUCAUUGGAGUGAUAAUUGCCACCUUGAUACUUGGGACUAGAUGCUAUUUUCUGAAGAAAGCCAAGGCUAAACAGAUGCCAGUGGAGAUGUCCAGGCCAGCAGCACCACUUCUGAAUGCCAACAAUGAGAAGAUAUCAUCAGAUCCCAACAGCGAAGCCAACAGUCAUUAUGGUUACAGUGAAUAUGUUGGAAACCAUGCAAUGAAAAUAUUAAAUGAAAAUAAAGAGCCUCUGAACUUGGAUGUGGAGUACACAGAAGUGGAAGUGUCAUCAACUGAGCCUCACCGAGCUCCAGAAAUGAAAGGCACAGAAACGGUGUACAGUGAAAUCCGGAAAGCUGAUCCUGGCCCCACUUCCGUUCCCAUCAUGCCAGACUUUCUAAAGGAAGGUGCUUUGCUCUGAAGACAUUCAGGGGAUUCAGCCUUUCCAAGAGGAGACUGCUUUCGGUGGGGAAGAGGGUAUAUUCGCUCCCAUUUCCUUUCAUUUCUGGACAGGCCCCACUUCCGUUCCCAUCAUGCCAGACUUUCUCAUUGAAGGGCUCCCCCAGGGGACUGACCACAGUGCCCAGGCAGACAUGGAACUAGCUGGUGGCGCUGCCAACAAUGUCAUUUUUUGAAGAAUUAGUGCAAUCAAUUCUGUCGAAAUGAAAUCCGCAAAGACUACUUUUCAAUUCUGAAAAUAAGUCAGCAAUCUAAAAGGCAUAAACAUUCUGGGGGAAAUAGUAGCUUUGUGAAUAGCUUACUUUGUAUAGUAGACCCCAUCUCUCUCCACUGAGACCAGAGGGCGUUCCCAGCAGAGCCCUGUUGAGGGGGAUGCCCCUGGCCUUGAUAGAAGAGGACCCUCAGGCUGGGACGGAACUCAAUCCAAUUUUUUAAAUUGGAAAAUACCAUUUAAAAAACAAAGAGUGAUUUGGUCCUCACUUUCCUUAAAUGGGAUCCCUGGUGGCUCAGUGGUUAAGAGCUAGGCUGCUAACCGAAAGGUUGGCAGUUCAAAUUCACCAGCCACUCCUUGGAAACCCUUUGGGGCAGUUCUACUCUGUGCUGUAAGGUCGCUGAGUCAGGAUCGACAGAGCGAAGCAGGUUUGGUUUUUGUUUUCUUUCCCUUAAAUGAGUGCCUCUCAUAUGCUGGUGAGCGUCAGAACCACCUAGGAGCUUGGUAGAGCUCAGAUUCAGGAGAUGCUGAUUCUGUGGGUCUAAGCUGGGGUCAGGGAGCCAGCUAGGUGGUGAGGAGCCCUGGCUUUGCUGGGAGACAUCAGCCCCCUCCUGGUAUACUGUUCACCAGCUGGGUGCCUUUGGCCAAGAUGCCUGUCCCCUCUGACACUCACGUUUUGUCAGCUGUUAAAUGGGGAGAGGAUUAAAUGAGAAAAGGGGAUUAGAUAGGAUCACUUGAGAGGGUGGUAAUUGUCCUAAGCGUACGAUGAGUGUAUUAUCCCUAGCGUAUCCGAAGCAUUCAGUUUUAGCUUAUAAACACCAGAAACUUGAAGUCUAGAGAGGUCCAGCACCUUGCCCAGUAUAGGACACCUAUUGGGGGGUAGAACCAUGUUUCCCAACUCCCAGGCCAGGGCCUCCCACUGCACCACCUGGGCUGUUGGGGGUCACUGGGGCUCAGUGAGAGCUUGAGUCCCUCUGUAGUCUGGUCUCUAACCUGGGAGCCCGCCUCUACCCAAGGGCUGAGGAUAGAGUGACUCCCACCUCCCUCCUUCCGUUUCUCAGGGAGCCCCUGGCAGUAGAACCCUUAGAAACUGCAGCCACAGAACUACAGUUGACUUUAGCUGGUGCCCCACCUCGCCCCAGGGCUCCCUUCCCAUCAGGACCUCAGCAUUUCCCUUCAGCUGCUGCCCAGGCAGAGGAGGUGAAGGCUUUGGCUGAGACCUCGUCCCUUUUCCUUCUUUCUUUUUCUCUUAUUCGCUAAAAAGCUGACAUUCAUUUUGGGGAUUUCUCUCCUUAAUUUCUUGGGACUUUCUUAGAUAAAACCAUCUUCUUUGGAACUGGCUUCCAACCUCUCCUGUCUUCUCCCCCAAAAGCAGAGAUGUUCUCUAGCCCAACGCAAGCCAGGUGAUUCUCAAAGAAGCGAUAUUCUUCUGCCCCCAUAAUCUGCCCCCUCCAGCUUGUCACACCCUCAUCCUUCACACUCCUGUGUUCAAGCUCCCACCAGCUUAAGGAUUACCAACAUUUCUUAAGCAUUGUCACCUCAGCUGGCAUUUGGAGUUCCCAAAUUCUUGCUCUGCGUUUGACUCCGUCUCUGUAGACUGCAAAUCUCUUCUGUGACAUGUUGCUUUUGUUCAUCCCUACUUGCUAAUCCUCUUUAGGUUUGGGGAGUCCAUUCCUCCCCUGUCAUAACCGCCAGCAUUAUUGAGCACUCCGUGUGUAUGAAGCGCUGCUUCCAGUGCUUUGCAUUAGCUCAUUUACUCUCCAAAGAACCCUCUGAUGGGGGCUCUAUCAUUAUUUCUGCUCUAAAAACCAAAAAAACCAAACCCAGUGCCGUCAAGUUGAUUCCGACUCAUUUCUACUGUACAGAUGGGGAAAUGGAGUACAGAGUUUAAGUCACUUGUCUGUGUUUCAAGGCCACUUUAAGUAGCAGAGCAGGGAUUUGAACCCAGGGACUCUGGCUUCCCAGCAGGUGCUCGUCACAAGUCUUCUUCGCGAGUCCUCACGCUGCCUCUCUUUGUGUUGCCAAGACAGCGGGCUCUCAUUUUUCCCCUAAAAGUUGACUGUAUGCAUCCAUGUGUUCCAUCUUUCUUGGCUUGGUUUCCAUGUUAUUAUCAGCUUCAUCAGAGAAUUCAACUCUGUCUACUUUGGGAGUUAAGUGUGACAGCGUGGUCUGGUCUGUGACCCUGGGCAAGUCAUGGGACCUCUGGGGCCUUAGUUUCCUUCGCUGUGACAUGGGGGAGAUGGACUAGAAUGCAGAUCGAUGGUUCUCAGGCUUGUUCAAACCCAGAUUGCUGCCCCUGUGCCCUCCAAUUCUGAUUCUGUAGGUCUGAGGUGGGGCUGAGCAUGCAUUUCUAAUAAGUUUCCGCGUGAUGCUGAUGCUGCUGGUCUGGGACCACACGUGAGGACCGCUGCUCCAGAUGCUAUCAGAAUUUCCUUCUGGUUGUACCACCUAGGUUCUGCUCUGCUUCUUGUUUGAAGGACUAGGUCUUUCUUACUCCUCAGAAAUCCUGGACAGAUCUCUCAGGGUUGGGCGGCGGGGAUCACCGAGACAUGUUGUGUGUGCAUGUGUGUGUGCAUACGUGUUCGUGCGCGUGUGUGUAUGUGUGUGUGUUCGGGAGGACAGAUAACUGAGCAGGCUGGGUGUGGAGCGGGGUCUUAUCUGACCUUUCCUUCUCCUCACCUUAAUUUCUCAGUUCCCCACCAUUUUCCAACUGGCAGCACUUCAGGGCUGACUAUUUUGGGAAAUGGCCUCACAGGGUGUAGUUCUGGCUCUUAAACCCUGUUUUCUUCCUUGAGUGUAUGAUACAAAGGAAAGCCACCCCGCUACAUAAGCAAAAGGGCAUUGGGCAGGCUUGCCUACAAGGAGCAGCCCCAGGGCAGGCCAUGCAGACAGAGCUCUGGUAGGACCUGGGCCCUAGAGAGAUUGUUGGGAGCUCACAGGCAGCAGGAGGCGCCUGUCUUCCGGGUCUUUGCAAUCUUGGCUUUAGGCUCUAAGCUCAGUUUUUUUAUCUGUUAAAUGAAGUGGCUGGGCCAAAUGACCUGAAGUUCCCUUCCAACCGUAACAUGGGGAGAGUCUCAAUGUCACUGCAUUUAAAAGUGAAAGUCAGUUGUCUGUGCCUUGGUCACUCCAGACCCAUCACCCUGAUCAUGUUGGAGAGGGAUCAGGCACUUCCAAGAGUCUGCCCCCUGGUCCCUUUCAAACAAUCCGAAUCCUUUACACACUCGGAAACCCUGGUAGCACAGUGGUUAAGUGCUAUGGCUGCUAACCAAAGAGUCGGCAGUUUGAAUCCGCCAGGCGUUCCUCAGAAACUCUGUGGGGCAGUUCUACUCUGUCCUAUAGGGUCGCUAUGAGUCAGAAUCGACUCGCCGGCACUGGGUUUGGUUUUUGGUUUACACACUCUACUUCCCUCUUGACUCCAAGACCCCGCAGGUCUUUUUGUUCCUAAGCCUGACUGAGAUGUCCCUUCCAAUCUGAAUCAAGUCAUGGAUCUAGCUCAGGGGCCAACUUAUGUGUUCUUGCGGCAUUCAUGUCGACCCAAGGCCUGAAUAGAAUUGUUCUCUGUACCAGGAAGGAGUCCCUGAGUGGCACAAAUGGUUAAGCCCUUGACUAAUAACUGAAAGGUUGACAGUUCGAACCCACCCAGAGGCCCUCAAAAGAAAGACCUGGCAAUCUCCUUCUGAAAGGUCGCUGCCUUGGAAACCCUAUGGAGCACAGUUCUACUCUGCAGCACAUGGGGUCACCAUGAGGUGGAAUCGACUUGAGGGCAACUAGUUUUUGGCUUUCUGUAUCGGGAACCUACUGGAAAGCAUCCUAAGGGGAAGAAACCUAAAACCUAGUGCCGUCGAGUCGAUUCCGACUGGUCUCAGCUGUGCCCUUAGUGAUUUAUAUGUGCCUUGGUCCCCAACCCUCACGUCUCCCUUGGGCAUCAGUUUUCACAUCAAUUCUCAAUAAAAUGCCUGUGAUCUGGGCAAAAUUAGUACAGAGUGAACAACGUCAAUGUCCCUCAGGAGUGUGUGGUGGCCCUCAGGUGAGUGGUGGGCAGGUGGAGUCGAACUCAUCACAAUUCAUUAAUUGCCAGGGGGGCUCUAGGACUACUCGAAACCUGGAAUUGCAUUGAGGAGCCAGCUUAGACUCCAGAAAAACGGUUCACAGGGAACUCUUCACUCUCUAGCCCUGUUUCCAGCAAGAGACAGUUCUGUGGGGCCAGCUCCUUCUCAAUCUCUCCUGAUGGUAUUGACAUGGAGUAGUAAUGGGCUGAGGUGUGCUGCUAAGGAGCUGGGGGGCUUUGGGGUAGUUACUCCCCUGUCGGACGUCAGAUUUUUCAUCUGUAAAACGGGGAAAAAGGGGGCAUCGCUUCUCACUCCAGCAUUCAAUGAUUCCCUCUGGGUCAUGGCCAAGGUUAUGCAACUCUGCUGUUCUGCUUAGAGCCUAUUAUUUUGUUGACAUACAGCUGAGCUAACAUCUUCUUGUCCCUGCAAUUCGCUAUUAGCCUAGAGUGAAGAAACAUCUAGAUCUUUCUGCUUUUUCCCUUUCCAGCUGCUAGAUGGUUCCUUGCUACAACACGUGCCCUGCCUGUGGGGAGGAAAGGAAAGCGGUUCUCAGAGCCAGAGAAAUUGUAUGAGAAACACACUGAAUUGAGAUAGGCCUAAGGAGAAGGGAAAAUCAGCACUGGGGAAGCUAGAAGAGGCUGAGAAAGAGCUUUUGCGUUUCAGUUGCUGUCUGCUUUCUAAAGAUGUUGGAGAAAAUGCUGAUAAUUUCCUUAUAGUACUUCAGAUUUGCAAGUUUAGCAUUUGAGGAUUUUAAAAAUUAUUCCCUUUUAAAUGAUUUGCUUAAGAAUUUGCAAACCCCAGGCAGCAAUAGUAGCCCUAGUAGCGAAUGACUUAUGAUGUGAUGAACUAGCAAUGGGAAGAUUAACUUGUUUUUAUAUCUCUUAUAACAACAGAGAUGCUACAACAUAGAUGAGCCUUAAAAAUGAGACGCUAAGUGAAAGAAACCAGACACAAAAGACCGCAUAUUGGUGACUCCAUUUAUAUACAAUGUCCACAAUAGGCAAAUCCAUAGAGACGGAAAGGAGAUUAGUGGUUGCCAGAGGCUUGGGGGUGGAGGCGGGUAGAAGGCAACACACGAGCCUCUGCUGACAGAUGGGUGGUGGCUACACAUGAGGUGCAUUGGCCCAGAAUCAAAGCCUGGUCUCCUGCAUUGCAGGAGAGAAUUCAAAAUGUCAAUAGUGCCAAGGUUGAGAAACCCUAGCUUAGAGGAAUUCAUCUCCUGUGAUUCUUCCAACAGACUUACCAGUUUCCCUCUCAGGAUGCCAGCUCUCACUUUGCCUGUGGCCACCUUGGGAGAUGUCGUGGGCAUAUCCCACCUGAUAGCUCCCAGGAGGCCCUGGGAGGAGGCACUAGCCUGUGGCUAUGAGUUAGACAUGGCCCACCUCCCCAGUCUGAAUGUCUUUUCCCUUGCCUGGUCCCUCUCUCCUUGCUUUCCACCCUCUGCUUUCUCUUUGCCUGAAAUGCAGACUUCCAGGAUAUUUCUUAAAAGAGCAGAAGCUCUCUGUCCACAGUCCCCCUCCCUGCCACCCAGUAAACCAAGAGUGGCUGGGCUGAGGGCAGCAAUGACAGGAAAUGGUCAUCAAGAAAGAACCAAAGACCUCUGUGCCAUCAAGAAAGAACCAAAAGACCUCUGUGCCAAGUCCUGUUGGGGCGGGGGGAGAGAAGAAGCAGCAGCACUAAAGGGUCACUCCCCACCCAUUCUGCAAGGCCCAGAGCAAGCUGGCCAGUGGUCACUGCCAACCCUGCCCCUCAGGGUGGCGUUUCCCACUUCAGAACAAAGAUCAUAAAAAACACCCCAUGAAAUAAAUGGAUGCAUCCCACCAGAUUCUAUCUUUAUGGUGGUUGCUCUGUUAUCAAAAAUGAACAAAAACUGCAAACUCAUUUUUUGUUGCUUCCUUUAAUCCGAGUGUGCAUAGACUUGGUGUCUGUCAGAUUUAUCAGCAUAUUUGAAUUCUUAGUAUUUCAUACUCAGAUUACUUUAGGAAGCACAGCCUGGACAUCUUUCCUCUUGUGUCUGGUUCCAGAGCUUCUGGUGCUCUGGAAGAGUGGGGAGCCUGGGGUCCUCUGGGCCCUCCCAGGUCAGGUUUGGAUGUGGGGGUGGGGGGGGGGCCUUGCUCAAUGUGUGGAAGUUUACACAAUGGCUCGUCUCAGCGGCCGGCUGAUUCAUCCAUUUGGCCUUUGACGCCCGCCUCUGAGCUAGCCGAGACAGAAGAGAGGCCCCUUAGGAACUUCUGGCCCUGUUCCCUCUGGAGAGGAGGCACAAUGGAGUUGUGAUAAGAUACGGUCUGAGGGGGAGGUGAACUUCUGAAACAGGAUAUUUUAAAAUUAGAGAAACAGAAGGGUUGUGACUCCUGCCUCCUGCUGUGACGAUGGGCCUGAGGCUGACCAAGAUCCAGAUGGGACUGGGUUUGAGUUUGGAGGGGCUGAGGGGCUGGUAUAAAUCAAGGCUCCUUGGAGAGCCUCCUUCGUGUAAGACAGAGGACUUAGGAAGGGGCCAUGGCCCUCCCAUCAUUACCUCCGCCACCUUCAAAAGCAGCGACCACCCCCAGCCAAUACCAGCUUCACCUCCUCAGGGCCCUCCUGGGUGCAGAUGAGGUCUCCGUAGCUUCUCUAGCUUCAAGCCUGUGUCCAUAGGUGGGCCAUUUGGGGAAUCAGCCUCUCUAUUUCAGCCAUUGAUCAUUCAGAAACUGGCACUGGUCGGGGGCUGGAGGCCUCUUAUCCAAAGGGGCAAACUGUACCCCUCUCUUGCUUCCUGUAGUGAAAACCACUUCUUGCUAAUGCAGGCAGGUACCGCUCACCUUCAAGGCAGUUCCUCCUGCUCUCAUCCACCUUUCUCACCACCACUCUCAACUCCAUGACAUUGGCCAGGGCCAUUGUCACGAUUGCAGCCUGGCAGGGCCAGCUAGUCCCCCCACAUGCACACUGGCAAGGUGGUGUGGGCUCCUGGACAGUCCAGAUGAGACUCCCGGUGGGAAGGAACACGGGGGCCAGAAAGCACAUGGCCACGCGUGCCCAGAGCACCAGCAAUGUUUGUAGCUUCUGCUCUGGUGACCCCACUCCUGGGAAUGGAUAGACAAAAUAGUUUGCAAUAGGGAAACAGCUUUCCCAGAGUGUGCACUGCAGCAUUACUUAAAAUAGCAAAACCUUGGAAAGAACCUAUAUAUAUUUUUUAAUUUUACUUAUUUUGUUGCUAUUGUUGAGAAUAUGCACAGCAAAACAUACACCAAUUCAACAGUUUCUACAUGUACAAUUCAGUGACAUGGAUUACAUUCUUCGAAUUGUGCAACCGUUCUCACCCUCCUUUCCUGAGUUGUUACUCCUCCAUUAACAUCAUCUCACCGUCCCCUAAGGUUCCUAUUGAAUCUUUUAAGUUGCUGUUGUCAAUAUGAUCCCAUAUUGAUAGAUCUUAAACGAGUAUAGUGCCCGAGGCAGACUUUUUUACUAGUUAAGGUAAACUAUUAUUUUAUUUUUAAGAAUACUUCAGAGGAUAUUUUUGGUUUAAGGUUUAGAGAUUCUCUUGGGGCAAAGGACCUCUAUUUUUAAAGUAAGGAAUGGGUUAAGUAAAUGGGGACACAUCCUCAAUGAUUAUCAUGGAGCCACUAACAGUGACAUGUAAGAAGAUGGCAGGAAAUAUUUAUAGAAUCAUGUUACGUAAAAACGACAGAAUAGAAAAUAUCACAUACAGUAGAAUUGUGACUGUUUAAAAAAUGUAAAACCUAAGCAUAAGAGAAAAUGACCAGAAGAAAAUAUAUCAAAAAGUCAAUAGCAUUUGGAAAGUGGAACCAGAAAUGGUUUUUAUCUCCUUCUUUCUACUUUCUGUAGUUUUCAAUUUUUUCUUAAAAAAAAAAAAAAAAAGCA